GAGAGAGAGAGAGAGAGAGAGAGAGAGAGAGAGAGAGAGAGAGAGGAGCGUUCCGUGAUGUCGUCGUCCUUCGAGGAAUUCCACAACACCGUAUCGAAAAUUAUAACGACAAAGAACACUAUUUACGCCUUCGGACGAAUCACGAAAACCGCAGAAGAAGGAGGAGGAGAAUGCGUCUGCGUGAGCAAACAACCUAGCAAAAUUCACGAAGUUCCUCGUCCUCCAGCCAUUGAGCCCAAGACUCCAGCUCUAGAGGAGGACGAAGAAUGGGAAGAGACCAUUGACGAUGAUGAUGACGAUGAUUCCAGCGACGAUGACAGCAGUGGCAGUGAUGGUGACAGCGAGGUUGAUGGUGAGGGCAGUGGUGGCGGGAAAAGCGGUGCCAACGGCGGACGCCGGAAGGUCAACAAGAAGUUUCUGCAAGCGAAAUCUUUUUCUAAAAUACGUAGCUUCAAGAAGGUCGUCAGGAGAGUGGUUCAGACGCAGUCAGUGAUUCAGACGGUGGAGAACAACGUAGCAAGAAACAAAGUUAUCGUUGCUUCAAAGAGCAAGGGACUCUCUAAGGUGACCGUCACAGGAGGCAGCCCGAUUUCCGAAGAGAUUGCCAUUGAGCUUCGACGUCGCGUCUUCGGCAGCGCCGAGCUGAUCGGAUCGUCACUGGGGGAGUGGAUGGGUGUCCCCUUCUGCUUCCAGGGGGGCCAGGAGCAAGGGCGCUCUUGCCUGCUGAAGACGAAGAGGGCAGUCACGAAGGGGUUCCUGAUGUGCGUCCAAGGGUACAUCCUGAAGCACAUCCUCUUCAACAGGAACGUCAAAGUUAAAGAGAAACAGAGACUUCUCCUCACGACUGCCAUGAAUUUAGAUUCUCUAAAGUGCAAACUCUCUGUGGCAGCGAGAGCUCAAGAAGAGUCUCUGGCUGUGGCUCUGACCGAUUUCCUCUGGAAAGCUGGAGAGAGGAGGUUGGCCGUCGUCUGUCUGUGUGGAGACAGUUUUAACGUCAACUCUUCUGAACAUUACCAGUCUGACGGAUGCACAGAAAGGAUCCAGAUCUUCCAAUUUCGAAAACAAGAGGAACUCUAUGCCUGCAUCAAGACUUACCUUUAUGAGUUCUUUUGCGAGGAGGGAAAUGGAAUCCUACUUGCGCUCUACAGUCUGGUUUUAUCUAGAGGUUUUGAUAACUUAACAGAAGAUCUGGAGGGAGACAAAGAUCUCACCUUGGUCCAGAUUUCGGGGAAUAUUCAUCCGUGUGUGGCGAACCUCAUGAUUGCAGGAAGGGCCACAAAACACUUGCACAACGGGAUCGUCUUCGAGGGAAGCACACAGCGAGCGGCCAAGAUGAAGACGGGAAUUCUAUCCCGAUGCGAGAUCGGGUUGCUUGUCGGACCAUCGGCUGACGGCGAUGAUUCCGAAGUCGGAUCGCGGCUGAAGACGCCCUCUCUCCCGCUGUGGGUUACCAGAUGCAACGGACACAGCUACGGAAUCAUUUUCAGUCCGAACAGGGAACUCAUCAGGAACUAUCACGCCGAGAAAACAUUCGACAUCUAUUACUACUCGUGCAGUGGAGGACAAAUCACGCCCACCUUCCUCACUGUGGACACGAGAGAACAACCAGUGAGGGAAGAGACGGGUCCUCCGGUGCUUGAAAGAGUCAUCAGGACAAAAUGGCACGAUGCUUACAUAGACUGGCAUGGGACUACGCCUUAUUUUUAGACAUCACUACAAUAACAGAGAAAAACCGUAUAAAUACUCUAUAGUGCGGAUGUGUAUGUGUGAAAGGAGUUGAAUAUAAAUAAUUAGAUGAAAUCUUGUAUAUGAAAAUAGGUGAGUGCCUUAGUCACACAGAAAAGCUUAGAUAAAAUAAUAUGAAAACCGAGCAAAGAAAAGAUUCGUACUAGAGACGUAUUCAACUGCGAGCUAGCACUAUGUCAUGUGAAUGUGCAUGUGUGAAAGAAGUUGUAUAUCAAUAAUUAGAUAAAAUCUGGCAUAUGAAAAUAAGUGAGUAACUUGUCAUACGGAAACGCUAAGAAAUAAUAAAACUGGUAAUCAAGCAAAGAAAAGAUUGGUAGUACUAGGGACAAAAUUAAACACGAGCUAGUACUACAUCAUGCAAUUAGGCAAAGGCUUACAACGCGCACGACAAAUAUUACGCUGUGCCAGGGAUAGAUCGGGUAUUUUGCUAAAAUGAUUAUGCCAUAGUAAUAGUGAAAUAAGGUCCAAAUUCUGCUCUUCCAUACAUGCAAAUACUAAUAUACUACACACACAAUCAUACGCAGAACCGUUCACACAC